AACGUAUAGAUGACAACCCGUCAAAUACAGGAAGCUAAACACCUGAGUAAUAAAAAAAACAAUCCAAUUUUCGUCACGUUAUGACCAUUUAAGAAUUUGUUUCGUUGCAUAAUAUUUUCGCAACAUUGCUUUUCGAGACAAAAUUACUAAUUGUCUAUAAAUAAUAACUUUUAAACGAUUGAAUUUCAAAGUGAACAAACUAGGUCACUUACCUGUAAUCCAGGUGUGUUGAUUUGAAAAAAGGCAAAAUGAAUGGAACGAAAUUAAUGCAGCUGAUCAAGGUUGCCUUGUUCGGAUCAUCAACCUUGUUGUGUGUGUUGGCCAUGUUUUUGCCCUACUGGUUUACUUUCACAUUGAAGAUCUCUCGUGAUGUUGGUAUAGGCAAGGAGGAACGCAGUGCCACAGUGAAUGUGGGCCUGUUCUUUAUUGACAACGGGAAAUUCAUGAUGUCCAUGGUCAGUCAUAUGGACAAGGCAAACAACAUGCAGGCCAUUCCAGGCAUCUGGAAGAUGUCCAUGUUGUUCUUUGGCCUUGGUACAUCAGGCAUCUUUGUGUGCACCAUUGCUGCCCUGAUCUACUUCUGCAGGAAGUACAACUCUGCCACAGGGGAAAUGUGCCUUGCUGCCUUCAUGAUACCCACUGCUGUGUGUCAGGUGCUGGGAUUAAUUUUCGCAUUCCUCACUAAGUCGCUGACAGAGUCAUGGGAACAGUACAACAUCCACAGCUUCUACAUGCAAACAACUGACGCACCCGAAUUCAACUACAACUUCGGGGUGUAUGUGGCGGCAGUGGGCGCGGCAAUUGGUGUGGUGGGUCUGGUCGUGGCUUGGCUCCAGGCUUGCCAACUGUGUCACCACGUGGAGAAUGUACGCUAUCAGAUGCUGCACGCAGCCCUAACAGAGGAGGAGAAGGGGUACUACACUGGCAGCAAGGGCAUGGGCAUUGAGGAGAAACCAGGCUUCAGAUACGAUGGUCGCUAUGGUGAUGAGAUGGAAUAGAGGCAGCUGCAUGAGAUUUUAAUGCAGUUAAUUGUGCAUACUAUAAGCUUCCAAGGAUGUUUUUUUCUACACACUUUGAAUGGGGCCAAGGCCUUUAAUUUUUUAAGAGGAAAUUUAUCUCUAUAAAGUUUGUAUAUGGGCACAUUUUAUUUGUUUGAAAAUUUUAUUUGUUGUAGCAAUUUUGCUGUGAGGGACACUUGCCCAGGCCCUGCAUAACUAAGUCUUCAAGUCCAGAUAGGUCAAUAUUGCAAUUACAUUGUGAAUCUUACUGUCUUUAAAAAGGGGGAAGAGGAUUAAACAAUCCAUGGGGUAACUCAUUUUUGUAUAAAGAAUUAAGCUGGUGCGUGACUCAUUUUUCACCUUAGUCAAGAUGGUAAAAUGCCCUUGGAGUUCUUGUAUCAGAUUAUAAGAUUACUGGAAGGAUCUGGUCUUUUUUCUUAUUUUCCACUUUGAAUAAUAAAGUGCUUUUGGCCAUACAUAAGCUUGACAUAAGCAAUUUUGUCUUAAUAGGCUGAGAUUUAUUUGUUUGUAAUAUAAUAUGUGACUUGUGCAUUAAGUAUAAACAUGAACACAAGACAACAUGAUAUUUUACUUGCUUUACAAAUUAUAAAUUUUAUUGUCCAUUUUAUUUUUUAAUCACUGACCCCUGUUCAAACAGUAGAUCUUGUACAUUUAGUUCUGGUUUUCACGUAUUUUAAAACUUGAACCAAUCCUCUGAACAAAAUAUUUAAAUUAAUGUUUAGACUACAAGUAAAAAGGUUCUGUUUGGGACAUAUUCUUGCUUAUUAAAAUUACACUACAUUAUUUUAUAAGCGUGUAAUUGCUGUCUUGUAAUAAUUUCGAUUGUUCGUCUUACUGUACUUAUUCAGAAUUGAAUUGUAAAUAGUUAAAACAGAAUUCACUUCCUAUGUAUUGUUUAUACUUGUACCAUAAUAUCAUCACUGUCAUAAAAAUACUUAAUGCAGAUCUUAAAAAGAUAAAUACCAAGUGUUAGAAAUUGGUUUCUUUACAUAUUUGUAUGAGUAGUCUUGGUAAUUAAGUCAAGGAAUAGUCAAGGAGUGUGAUCAUAAUAUUAUAAUAAAUGUCUUGACACAGAUAUGCAUUAUUUCUGAUAAUUUGUUCAUUGUUCAAUUGCAACUUGUUUAAAUUGUGAAGGUUUGCUGUUUAAAUAGUUAUUUUUAGAUUUUUUAGUCAUCUUAAUAUCAUGGGAAAAAAAUUAAUGUACACAAUAUUUUAUUUGAUAUUAUUUUCCUUAUUCACUGUUGUAUAUAACUGGAACCAAAACACAUUUCAUUUUAAACGUUCAGUUCAGGUAAUAUCAUGUACCUAUUGCAUUCGACAUUUCUGCAUGUAUUUUUAGUGUAUCAGCUUUUCAUACUUUUAAUAAAAUGUUAUAAUCAAUAAAAA